AAGGAGGUAGAUAGCACGCUUCGCACGAUCAGAGCUCCAUUCAUUUCCAUAUACUAAAUACAACUCUACUUAGCUGUCUCCUUAAAGCAUAUAUACAUAAGACUCCUAGGGAAUACACAGCAAAAAUGCCCAACAAACCCUCAUAUGUCCACGGUCACCACUCCUCCGUCCUCCGAUCCCACUCCUGGCGAACCGUCGAGAACUCCUGUCCUCACCUACUCCCUCACCUUCGACUGGACGCGAAGAUACUCGACGUAGGAUGCGGGCCUGGCACCAUCACCUGUGACCUCGCGCAACGCGUCCCACAAGGCAGCGUCAUCGGGGUCGACAUGUCCGCCGAUGUGCUCAAGGGUGCCGUGAAGCUUGCUAAAGAGCAAGGUCUAAAGAAUGUUAGCUUCACGACCGACAAUAUCUACGACCUGCAAUACCUAGAUGGGAGCUUCGAUAUCGUCCACGUGCAUCAGGUGCUUCAGCAUAUCGACGAUCCGGUCAGGGGAAUGCGGGAGCUGCGCCGGGUCACGAAGGCUGGAGGACUGGUGGCGUGUCGAGAUGUCGACUAUUCUGCUACUCUAUGGUACCCAGAUAUACCUAGCAUGAAGGAGUGGUGCGAUCUCUAUCAGGAUGUUGCCAAAAGCACAGGAGGUGACCCGAACAUCGGACGUCGACUUCACGCCGUUGCGCGUGAGGCUGGCUUUCAGCGGGAUCAGAUCGAUGCCAGUGUUGCAACAUGGUGUUUCAGCACACAAGAUGAGCUGGACUUCUGGUGCAACAUGUGGGCUGACCGGACGCUGAACAGCGAUUUCAAGGUAAAGGCCAAGCAGGGCGGGUUCGCAACCGACGAGGACUUGGAGAGAUUCGCCCAAAGCUGGAGAUCAUUCGCUAAGGAAGAGGAUGGCUGGUGUACGCUUAUCCAUGGGCAGCUGAUCUGUCGAGUCUAGGUAUGCGUGAAAUAGUGCAUACUAUUACAAUUCAAGCUUGUAAAUCAGUUUCUUUCCGCUCACUUUCCCUUCCUUCAUUUCUAGAAUUCCCC